GGGGGGAGAGGGGCGGGGCGGGUGCGACUGAGCCUAGGUGGGAGAGGAAGCAUGGGAGGUCCACCAGCCUGCGUCCCUCCGCUUUCUGACUCUCACCUGCCAGGUGACGCUAAGGAAGUUGCUUUCCUGGAGGCCUCAGUUUCCUCAUCUGGACCUUGACUUCCCAAGAAGGACAACCCGAGGCGAGGCUUGUGGCUGGCCAACUGCCAGCGGCUGGACCCCAGCGGCCAGGGCCUGUGGGACCCGGCUUCCGAGUACAUCUACUUCUGCUCCAAGCACUUCGAGGAGAACUGCUUUGAGCUGGUGGGAAUCAGGUGAGCCUCUGUGGCAGUGGUCACUGGGGCAGGGUUUGAAGCAUCAGAGUAGUCGGCCGAUUGGGGCAGCUGUACGGCCAGAUGAGGACGAUCCUGAAGCCACUGGCUGGAGCCCAGGCCGACCUGGUUACGCGGUGUGGCUGCUUUUUCCCAGCUUUGCACCUCAGUGACAGUAAGACCCACCCCCUCAGGGUAACUGUGCUAGAGACGGGAGAGGAAAACAUUAGCUUUUUCAAAGGCUAUUCUUUAGAACCCCAGUCCUCCCAGCAAAUCCACAAUGAAAUUAUUCUUUUAAAAAAAAUUUUUUUUUAAUGUUUAUUUUUGAGAGAAAGAGAGAGAGACAGAGCGUGAGCAGGGGAGGGGCAGAGAGAGAGGGAGACAAAGAAUCCGAAGCAGGCUCCAGGCUCUGUCAACACAGAGCCCCGGUGCGGGGCCCGAGCUCUCGGACUGUGAGAUCAUGACCUGAGCUGAAGUCAGAUGCUUAACCAACUGAGCCACCCAGGCGCUCCCACAAUGAAAUUAUUCGUUUUGGCUGGUCAGCCUAGUUCUAGUACAGUCUUUUUUUACACAUCUAAUUUUGAAGAGCCCUGCAGGAAAGAGAUUGGUGUAAUUCUACCUAAAGUGGCAUUCCCUAAACUAAGUGCUGGCAACAUGCCUACCCACCUCCCACUGUGCUAGCAUGGGAGAGCCUGAUCUGGGGUGCUGGGGGCAUGCUAGCUCUGUGCCCUGCAGCUGGCCCUGGGGGGCAAUGCUUAUUGUCCACCUCAUCCAGGCUGUUUUUCCCCACAGCGGGUAUCACAGGCUGAAGGAGGGGGCAGUUCCCACAAUAUUUGAGUCCUUCUCCAAGUUACGCCGGACAACCAAGACCAAGGGGCACAGUUACCCACCUGGCCCCCCCGACGUCAGCCGGCUCCGGCGAUGCAGGAAGCGCUGCUCUGAGGGCCGUGGGCCCACGACUCCAUUUUCUCCACCACCACCUGCUGAUGUCGCCUGCUUUCCUGUGGAAGAGGCCUCAGCACCUGCUGCUUUGCCUGCCUCCCCCACUGGGAGACUGGAGGCUGGCCUCAGCAGCCCCUUCUCAGACCUCUUGGGGCCCUUGGGUGCCCAGGCAGAUGAAGCAGGCUGCAGUGCCCAGCCCUCGCCGGAGCGGGAGCCAGAGCGGCAGCCAUCCCCCCUUGAGCCACGGCCUGUCUCCCCCUCAGCCUACAUGCUUCGUCUCCCACCCCCAGCCGGAGCCUAUAUCCAGAAUGAGCACAGCUACCAGGUGGGCAGUGCCCUGCUCUGGAAACGGCGGGCUGAGGCCGCACUUGAUGCCCUGGACAAGGCCCAGCGCCAGCUGCAGGCUUGCAAGCGGCGAGAGCAGCGGCUGCGGCUGCGGCUGAACAAGCUGCAGCAAGAGCGGGCACGGGAGAAGCGGGCACAGGCAGAUGCCCGCCAGACUCUGAAGGAGCAUGUGCAGGACUUUGCCAUGCAGCUGAGCAACAGCAUGGCUUGAGUGAGGGGCUGCUGGGCCCGGGGCUGACUUGAGAGGUUGCCUCUUAGGGCUUCAGCCUCUUCCCCCCCUUAGAAUCCACCUGGAGAAGGACCCCAUCUGAGCUGUGUCCACCAGACCUGCCAGAUGCCAUAAUAAAGUGGAUUCUAGGAGGCCCUGCUAUCUGGCUCAGCUAGGGGCUGGGGCCCCUCCCCAAUUACCCAAGCUGUCAGCGGUGAAGAGCAGAAAAUCCAGCUUUUUGCCCACCCCACCUCAUGCAACUCCAGUCCCCACAGGGUUUUGAGGGACAGGAUGGUGUGAGCAGAGGCCAGCAACAGUGCCAGGCACCCUCUCCUUGAUACCUGAAACAGCCCAGACAGAAGUAGUCUAGUCCCUUUGAAAACAUUUCUGAAACCCAGGCCAGAGUCAGUCUCUUUACAAGAACACCUGCAUGGCUUUUAUCCACUAGCCUAAUCUGCCCAGCAGUCAGUAGGGUACAACAUCUGAACCCCAGCCUGCAGACCAGCCACCCACUUACGCUGGGCCUGGCUCAUCUGAAAAACGGACAAAGAUGGCAAUU